AUGGCUCAUCCCACCCGUCCCGAACACAAGAUCAACCUUGACAACCUGCCGCAAGUCAGCUAUCAAUCUCGCUCGGCCUCGUCCACCACUGCCAAUUCACCCAACGAGCCUCCCUCGGGCUCAGGCUUGAGAUAUCCGCUGGGCAACAGCUUGGCCUCUGCCGGUGCUAUUGGCUUGAUCAACAGGUCUGGAGCUGGCUCUCCUUCAAAAGAAUAUGGUAGUCGUCUGUUCAGCAAAAGAGCUCGAGAGAUUCAGGCUCAGGAAGGCGUGAGCCCUCAGAUCUGGGGUCCCCCAACCUCAGGCAGCGGCCAUUCUACUCCUCUUCGCGAGACCAUUCCAGAGUCUCCCAGCAGCGACAGUUUUCCAGACUUCGAUCAAUCCGCCACCGAUUUAUCCACAGCACCCGCUACAGGUCGCCGCAUGCGAGCAGGCACCGUGCCAUCGCGAUUCCCUCCUGUCGGUACCCUCAACCACCAAUCGUCUCAGCCGUCAUUGGUUCCCAAGACCUCGCGUCCAACCCCUUCUACCAGCCCUCUUCAGGCCAGCAUCGGUACACCUCCAGAGUCGAGCACGAGCACGGCCUCUGCCAUCAACCCUUCCCAGAAGUCGCUGCUUUCUCGCUUGAGAGCGGGCUCUAUGCCCCAGCGUCCCGCUCUUCUCAACAACACACCCGGCGGCUUCGGACCACCUUACUUUUCCAACGGGUGGACUUCUGGCCGAGAGAGAGCAUCCACACUGCAGAGCAUCCGCUCUUCUGACGGCCCCUCGUCACCUGCACAUUCCUCGCGUGACUCUUUCAACGACAAUGAUGUCAAAACCUUGGACUACCUUGGUCUUGUCGAUACUCCCCAGCCUGGCAGACCGCAUCAUUCUAACAUGAUUGGUGGCGGUCAAUCGGGCAUCCCGGGUCCAACAAUUGCUGACCUUGCCGCUCUGAAUGCUUAUAACAGGAAUGCGAAUCGCUUCAGAUCCUAUUCCGUCAAUGCCAAGGAAAAGUAUGCCGAUGAUGAGGAGGAUGAUUAUGAUGCAUAUGCAAGCAUGUACGGCGUCCCGUCUGGUGCAGACAUCACUGCCGCACAGGCUCUGGCUGUUCAGGAGGCCGUCCGUCAGCACAACCUUGAGGUCCAAGCCUUCACCAAUCUGGCCAGUGCCAGUAGGCCUCGUGCGAGGACCGCAGGUGUUCUCGACUCUCCUUCGUCCAGGCUUCUUCGCAACUAUAUCCCCACCCCUUCGCGCCUGGACAACAGCAUUUCCGCAUCCGACUUCCAAGAGCACGAAGGCCUCGACUACAGUGGACUAACCGAUGCCGUGCAGCAGAUGCACCUGGAUCAAAAGCCAAUGCUUGACGUCUCUGACGAUAGCCUUCUCGAGAACCCAACACGUGCGCUUUGGCUCGGAAAUAUCCCACCCUCGACUACCGUUUCUUCCUUGAAUGUUAUAUUUGGCAACUUCGGCCCUAUCGAAUCUACCAGGGUCCUUACCCACAAAAGUUGUGGUUUUGUGAACUUUGAAACUUUGGAGAGCGCUGUUCAGGCCAAGUCUCAGCUUAACAACAAGGAGAUAUUCCCUGGAGCUGGUCCUAUCCGCAUUGGUUAUGCAAAGGUCCCAAGUAACACAGUCACUCCCGGUGCACCUGGCUCAUUCCACUCUCCCAGUCCUGACCCAUUCGCUCGCGACAAUCAAGUUGGCAAUGCAGGCGACUCGGCUGGACUCAAGCCAAUUAACAUCAAUGCGGAGACUGCAGCAGCCGCUUUGCUCACUCCAAACCUGCGUGAUAUGCGCAGCGAAAUCUACGGUAUCAUUCAGGAACUUGGUGCCAACAAGGAGGAACAGGUCAGAAUCAACGCCAACGUUGAGCAAGCUAUCAGCUAUGACCUUUAUCAUCCUGAGAUACCUGGUGUUCCAGAGCCUAGCCCAAACCGUGUCCAUGAUGCUCCUCGCCUGCGCGAGAUCAGGAAGCGCAUCGACAACAACAGCUGCUCGCCUGCCGAAAUCGAAAACAUUGCCAUGGAUAUGCUGCCUGAGAUUGCCGAACUUGCUUCUGACUAUCUAGGUAACACGGUCGUACAAAAGUUGUUUGAAUACUGCUCGGAACCUGUGAAGGAGGCCAUGCUACGCGAGAUUGCUCCCCAUCUUGCCGAGAUUGGUGUUCACAAGAACGGCACUUGGGCUGCUCAGAAGAUUAUCGAUGUUGCCAAGACGCCCACCCAGGUCAACAUGAUCGUGGAUGCAUUGCGCCCUUAUACAUUGGCGUUGUUCCUGGACCAAUAUGGUAACUACGUUAUCCAGUGCUGCUUGCGUUUCCAGGCUCCCGGCAAUGAUUUCAUCUUCGACGCCAUGCUUCAAAGACUGUGGGAGGUUGCCCAGGGCAGAUUUGGUGCUCGCGCCAUGAGAGCUUGUCUUGAAAGCCACUUUGCUUCGAGAGACCAACAGAGAAUGUUAGCAUCUGCCAUCGCUCUUCACAGUGUACAGCUUGCAACCAACACCAACGGUGCUUUGCUGUUGACCUGGUUCCUGGACACCUGCACUUUCCCUCGCCGCCGAUCUGUGCUGGCUCCGCGACUUAUACCUCACUUGGUCCAUCUGUGCACACACAAGGUUGCAUACCUUACCGUGCUGAAGAUCAUAAACCAGAGAAGCGAAGCAGACGCGCGUGAAGCGGUUCUUCGUGCCUUGUUCUUCUCGCCCAACGAUACUGUUCUGCAGGACGUCCUCAGCGAUUCGGCUUGCGGAGCGACAUUCAUCUUCAAAGUACUUACCACUCCUUUCCUGGACGAGAAGAUGCGUCCAGAGGUUUUGGAAAACGUCCGUAACGUGUUGCUCCGCCUCAAGGCACAACCCCAGCAGGGUUACAAGCGACUGAUGGACGAAGUUGGUCUCUCGACCCGUCAUGGAGGAGCAUCGGCCAGCCGUGAUGCUAGCCAGACUAGAUCGUCGUCAAGAGGUCCUGGUGCGAACGGGCAUAUGGCACACCUCGACAACCAGAGCGUUUAUGGCCGUCAGCAGUAUGGAGGCAUGGCGCCUCAACAGCCUCUCGAGCAUAUGAUGGGAUCUACACUUCAAAGGACGGCCAGUAUAGACUCCAACGCAUUCGACCCCUAUGGAAACACAGGUCCCAUGACUCCGGCUUAUACUCAUAGUCCGGCGAUGUCGAACAUUUCGCCGGUCACGCCUCAGCAAAUGCAGUAUCAGCAGGCUAUGCUCGCUCAACAGCACGCCGCGGCUCAGCGCCCUGGCGGGUUCUACNCCCCAAUGAAUGGCUUCGGGCCAGGGGGGCCUCAAAUGAUGGACCCUUAUGGAAGAGGAAGCCUUAAUGCUUCACCCAUUGCCGCCCCUGGUGCACAUGUUGUACAGAAUGGAUUCGCUCCACCAGGAUUCAACCCCAGUGUGGGCAUGGGUGGAUAUCAGUAUCCUGUAGGUUACUACCCCCAACAGCAAGGCCAGGUUGGUGGUGGUGGCCAGCGGAGAGGACGC